CUAAACCCAAAGCAACCCUCACAGGCCUUUCCUUUAAUGCUCCCCGCCAAGUGGUCCAAACAAACCAAGCAGUUCUUCUGGUUACAGCUGGUCUGUAACCUUUAUGACCUUGGUUUGGAUCGCAAGGAGAUUCCCACCUUCUGUGAGGGAUUUGCUUAUUACUUCUCCCACUUGCCCAAGAUGCAGUGGAUAACCCUUUUGUUUGGUGUAGCCUGCUUGAUCUAUUUAGGAUCUGCUUCCUUGCUGGUACUAGCAGAUUGUCCAGUGUCCUUAUAUCAUGAAGACUCCAGGCUCUCGACUCUCCUUUGGCUCCGACCUGCCUACUGCCUGUACGAGGAAUGGACCAGAAAAGCCAUAGAUCCUAGCCAGGCUACCCGCUGGACAGCAACCAUAGAAGUGGAAGUGAAACCAGCGGGAAGCAACAGCACUUACAAAAUUGGACGGAGGUUCCCUGUACCCCAUUGCAGUCCAAUGAUGGAGGAUCCCUUUGUCUUAGAGGAAGGCCUUGCUUAUGAGAUGGGACCCACUUUGAUUUGCUUCAACGAGAGCUGCACAAAAGCUGUCCUUCCUGGCCAUGGAUACAGUGUCCGCUACGUUCUUUACAAUCAAGCCCAGAGUCUCCUUGCUGCCACAAAUUGGUCGCAACCUUUCCAAACCCGAGAUCUGCCCCUUAGCUUCCGGUCCAUAGACGUUGAGUUCAAAGGUGCCUCUGGAGGACUGGUGAUCAUCAUAGUCCUACUCAGCAUUACAGUGUUCGUACUUUUGGGGGCUGCUUGGUCAGCCAUGGGGAGUCGCAACCAUCACUUGUGAUUCACUCCUGCUCCAGAUUUCCUGAAUAGCCAGGAUCCUCCCGCAAUUCUAAUGCUGAAAAUUUUGGCGUGGCUGUAACCGGUUAAACUUGUCUUGCACCUGGACUGGAUUGAAUAUUUGAGAGAGACUUUCAGGACCGGCCCUACCGUUAUACAAAUUAACAUUGCUGCCCUCCAGGAGCAGGCUUUGGACAUCAUGUGAGGGGCAGUGAAUGGUUAGUUAUUUAAUUUGCACCUUUGACAGUAAAUAAUGCAAUAGUAACAGAGAGGUGCUGGAAGUAUAUUUCUGCUUCUUGUGCCAAAAUAACCUUUGGGAUACAUUGUGUUUCAACUUGGAUGUAGGCAAGGUAGCAUUUGCAACAAAGCUUCAGGCACCAAAAUGACCAGAGAUGGCUCUAGGGAUUUUGAAAGUUGACACCGCCUGCCCCCCCAACUCUAUCCUGUCAUUCUUUCUAUAGUUCCUACCUUUGCCAGUAUUUAUUCCUCCACCCAUAUUCCCUUGAUUGCAUUAUUUCUAUAGUUGUCUAUUUUCCCUUCAUUUGUUUGCCUUCUAUUUGGGAAUAGUGCAUUCAUUCACCCGGAAAAGGGGUAACCUUAGGACAAGUGCCUCUUCUGCCUCUCUUUCUCUCCCCACCAGUAUCCAUAGCUAGGAAGUGGGGGAGUAGAGCAUAUAUUUCUCUAAAUAUAUAAAAUAAUAAUAAAAGACAAAACCAUUGUUCUGUUUAAUGUGACCUUUCGUGGACAAUUCCACUUCCUCAAACAAUCCUUCCUUGUAAGAUUAAAAACAUCUGUGGUGAGAUGGGAUGAACAUUCAUGAACUGACUUCCAAGAAUUCUGCAUCUUCUGCUCGCUCGCUCACACAACCACACCCUACACAUUUUGGCACAACUUCUGUUUUCCCCCAUGAAGCCAUGCCUACCUACUUUUAAAGAUUUACAUUUUCCUUCCUGAAUAAGGGAAACCUGCUGCUCAUAUUUGAAAACUAAACUGAACUUU